AUGAAGCUUCUCCACUCCAUCGCCCUCGUGUCUGCGAUGCCAACGUUAGUAAACGGUUUUUCGUUCUCUGAAAUCGCGAGCGAGGCUUCACCGUCGAAUGCGCGCAUUGAUAACACCGACCUGACAUCCGACGAAGAGAGUCGUAUCUUUGGCGGAUCAAGCGCCGACAUCAGCAAGUACUCCUACGUCGCAAAACUGAUUGCUGGUGAUAUGGAGGAUGCACCUUUGUGUGCUGGCGCGCUAAUUGCGCCGCAGUAUGUUCUCACGUCAGUGUACUGCCUUGGGUGGUUCCAGCUCGACAUGCACGUUUCUCUCGGGGGUCAAAAGAACAAGGAUCAAGGCUCUCAGAAGUCGGAGCGGAUUCGUGCCGUCGAGCUUUUCCGUCACCCAAUGUACAACUCUACGUGGUACACGUAUGACGUGGCAUUGAUGAAACUCGAGAAGCCCUCGGCUCAUAAACCAGUACGUCUCACUGGUGCUGACGGAUCUGACGCGAAGGCCGGCACAAUGGCCACUGUCUUUGGUUGGGGGGAGGUAAGCAAAGAGAAGUAUACUGACUCUCUUCAAUCGGUGGCCGCCAAGAUUAUUCCCGAUGACGAAUGUGGCAAGUAUGCCAUUGACACCGAUGUCACGUUGUGUGCCGGGACCGAACGUGGAAAGGGUUUUUGUAGUGGAGACAACGGCGCCCCCCUUAUUUCCAACGGCGUGGUUGUGGGGAUCGCAUCCACUCUUCCUGGUGAGGCCAACGAUUGUGGCGAGCUACCUGAUAUGUACACGCGCGUCUCUCACGUGCUGGACUACAUCAAUGAUGUUGUGAACGGUGGCUCCACUGGUAAUGUCACUGACUCGCCCCCGUCGAAUGAGUAUACCGCGGAACUAUCUCAGUAAUCAUGUUGGAAACACCUUGAAAAGACUAGUAGGCUAAAUGAAAGGACAUUUGCGGGA